CUGUCUGUCUGGAGGACCAUACGAUUGGGAAGCCUCUCGCCGCUCUUGGCAGAGGAAGCGGCUUCUUGUUGACACUUCGUUGGCGAAAAUGGCGACCGAAGUGAGGCAGGAGCUUGCACAGCUGAUGAAUUCAAGUGGAUCCCACAAAGAUCUCGCUGCCAAAUAUCGACAAAUUUUGGAGAAGGCCAUUCACUUCACAGAUGCAGAUCAGCUGGAAUCGCUGAAGGCCUUUGUUGAAGCAAUGGUCAAUGAAAACGUCAGCCUUGUCAUCUCGAGGCAACUGCUCACAGAUUUCUGCACACACCUGCCAAACCUGCCUGAUGCCACAGCUAAGGCAGUGUAUCACUUCACCUUGGAGAAGAUUCAGCCAAGGGUUAUCUCUUUUGAGGAACAGGUAGCAUCUAUAAGACAGCACUUAGCAACCAUUUAUGAAAAGGAGGGAGACUGGAGGAACGCUGCCCAGGUUUUAGUUGGUAUUCCCCUGGAAACAGGACAGAAGCAAUACAAUGUUGAUUAUAAGUUGGAUACGUACCUGAAAAUUGCCCGAUUGUACUUAGAAGAUGAUGAUCCAGUGCAGGCAGAAGCCUACAUCAACAGAGCCUCAUUGCUUCAAAAUGAGUCCUCUAAUGAACAGCUACAGAUUCACUAUAAGGUGUGCUACGCAAGAGUCCUAGACUUCAGGAGGAAGUUCAUCGAAGCUGCACAGAGAUACAACGAGCUGUCCUAUAAGUCCAUUGUACAUGAGAGUGAACGACUAGAAGCACUGAAGCAUGCCCUUAACUGCACCAUACUGGCCUCCGCAGGUCAGCAACGCUCCCGUAUGUUGGCCACGCUCUUUAAGGACGAGCGCUGUCAGCAGCUGGCAGCCUAUGGUAUUCUGGAGAAGAUGUAUCUGGACCGUAUUAUCAGAGGAAAUCAGCUGCAGGAGUUUGCUGCCAUGCUGAUGCCUCACCAGAAGGCCACUACGACAGAUGGCUCAGGCUCCAGUAUCCUGGACCGUGCCGUGAUUGAGCACAACCUGCUGUCUGCCAGUAAACUCUACAACAACAUUACCUUUGAAGAGCUCGGAGCACUGUUGGAAAUCCCUCCUGCAAAGGCUGAAAAGAUUGCUUCCCAGAUGAUCACUGAAGGACGCAUGAAUGGCUUCAUUGACCAGAUAGACAGCAUUGUACACUUUGAGACACGUGAAGCCCUCCCCACCUGGGACAAACAGAUCCAGUCUCUGUGUUUCCAAGUCAACAACCUCCUAGAAAAGAUUCGUACGGCUGCUCCGGAGUGGGCCGCGCAGGCUUUGGAAUCCCAGAUGACCCAAUAAACAUUUCCACACUCGCCUAAAAAAACCCCACCAACAAUCCCCUGCUCCUUCAACCCGUCCGGAAGUUUAGUCUGCCUGCUCGACCACGUCACCACGUCGAGUCCCAGCAACAGAAGUGACCACGGCAAACUCUGCGGCGUCGCCAUCACUCAUCUGAGAGCGCUAAUGUUUUUCACCUUUUCCCACACAACAGUUCAAUGUGUCUUUAUAUUUAAAAUCUGUGACGGACGAGGUGUUACAUAAACUUGGACUGGGAAUUUGGAUAUGAGUCUUCAAAUACUGUCAUGUCAUGUUAUUGAAUUAAAAAAUAUACAAACUUUUGGCCUGUUAAAGCUUUUGCGUUCCAUCAGAUUAUUAUUCUUUUUUUCAAUGCACCAUAAUGAAAUGACAAUAUUUGUAUAGUUGUUUUUUUUGUUCUGGUUUUGUUGUUUUUUUGCAUUUGUACAAUUCUCACUCCAUGGGUAUGGAAUUAAAUUCAAAGCUGAGAGAAGUAGUUCAGCCGCAUGGUUGUUAUUUACGUUCAGUUUUUACUUAAACUAAUUAAAUUGUUAUGUAAAUUAUCA